CUGACAACGUAGUGUAAGAAACAAAAUGGAGGACACCCACAGUGUUGACACCGAUACCACUGGAGGUGAUGAUCCUUUGCAGGAUCUCACCGAUGAACAGCUUUAUCAGUUGGUAGAAGAAACAUUACGUGCCAAUGAAGUCCUUGCGGCUGAAACUCAGAUGUUUGAGAAAUUUCUCAAUCGCGUGGAGCCACGUGAUACAGCAGGGGGCCUUGGUUCCCAUGUCUCCACGCCAGGAGCUGGAAUGCGUGAAGAUAGAGGCACCAACCGCAAAAGAUCAAAGUCUCGCUCUAGUAACUUAGACAGAUCUCUCAAACUGACUGCGGAGCAAAAAUGUGAUAUUGCUCAAAGAGAAAUUGAGGAACUCCGAGAAGAUAUUGAAAAAGACAAGGAGGAGUCAGAAAAAACUCUGGAUCAUUUCAAGGCCAUAAUGGAAGAAACUGAUAUGCGUCUGUCGGAGAUGAAGAAAGAAUCAUAUGAAUUUGAAAGGGAUAUUCUGAAGGGAUCCGUGAACCAUCGAACAAACAAAGUGAUUGCAGAAAAAUGCUUGAGAUACUUUGAUGACAAGCUCAAAGCGAGAGAUACUUUGAUCGAAAAGCUUCGUCUGAAGAAUUCAACUCUGAAAGUUCAGAAGAAGAAGCUUAUGCUGCAAUUAAAGCAGAAAGAGGAAAUGGGUGAAGUGCUCCAUGAAGUGGACUUCAAUCAGUUGAAGAUUGAGAACCAGCAGUAUUUAGAGAAGAUCGAUGAACGCAACCAAGAUUUGCUGAGACUCAAGUUUAUGUCUACCAACACUCUACAAGUGCAGAACUCAUACAAGAAAAAGCUCUCCACUAUGACAAGGGAGUCAGAACGUCUGCAGAGUGAGAUCUCCCUUCGAGAAGAUUUACAGACCCGUAUCAAGGCAGAAACGCAAGUAGUGGAAGUGGAGAGAGCAAAGGCUGAGCUGAUAAAUAAGAAACUGCGCAGACAACUGGCAACCUUCCGAGUUCCUGAUGUGAUGGACUACGUGAUGGAGAAAGCGGACCUGUAUGACCUUCAGAAAAAGGUCAAGAGCUGGGAGAGGAAGGUGGACAUUGCUGAGAUGGCUCUGAAGACACACCGCAACACAUGGCGCCAGAUGCAGAUGAACAGUGCUGCGAUGGGUCAGUGGAGAGGCAUGGUGGAAGUAUAAAGUGAAGACCUAAACUGAUUCAAGUAUUACAUGUGCCUAUAGAACCAACAUAAACAGAAACACAUCUGGGAAAAAGAGAAAAUUUACUUUGUCUCGAGUUUUUAACUGGUACCUGUCAGACUGAAAGGGAAACUGAUCCAAAUUGUUUCUCAUAAAUGACAAGAAACUUAAUCUAAAUUGUUAUCAUUUUUGUGUGUAAACCAAGUGUAAUGGAGGUAUGAACAGCUAAUACCAAUCAAGCAUUUCUUGUACAUAUUGGACUGAGAAAGAUUGAAACUGGGAGCAGUUAUUUGUGAUGUGAAGUAUUUAAACUCUUGAUGUGUCAGUUCAAAAAAAUUGUUUUGAUACUUACUUCAGGGUAUUAAACCAAUUAAAGUCUUGUUUUCAAACAAGAAAAAGCUCAACAAAAAACUUUUCCUAUGCUUGUGAUAUAAUAUAUGGGAGAGUGUUUCAUUCAGAAGGGGUUUUGCUAUCCUUGCAAAUAUAGGAAGAGAUUUAAUACACAAUGAAUUUUAUCAAUGUCUGCUGUCACACUUGUACACUUUCCUCAGGUAAGAAUAUGUAGUGUCACGUUCAUGUUUCCAUGACUUGAGGUAUGUGAUAAAUUUUGCCUUCUUCAGAGAAGACGUCUAUUGCGGAUGUUGUUGUGCUAGGGUAAUAAAAAAAAUAUGGUUUGUUGAAAGUAUUGACAACUGUUACAAUGUGUACAUUCCUACAAAUGCUUCCAAGCAUAAAGAAAUUCAGUCUCAGAAAAUGAGCGUUUUAAAAGGAAAAUUUAAAGAGAUAAUUGUGUCCUUUGUUGUAGUGUUUCCUUUCACUAAUAAACUUGUACAUAACUGCUA